CAUUUCGUACGUGCUCGGAUCGAAUAGAUAUUUGAAGGACUCAACCGCGCCUCAGCUACCAACAUAUUCGGCUUCUUUCUCUUUUCUAUGAGUGCACAGUUGCUUGUAAACAAAGUGGAAGUGUAGAUAGAAAAAUGGCAUCCACUGGUGGCGGCUCAACAGUCAAACUCAAUGAUCUCCCGCUCCAAGAUCUAUCCAACCUGAAAAAACAGAUCGAUGAGGAGCUUCAGACGCUAAGCUCAUCAUUCCAAUCCCUCCGCGCUGCACAGUCCAAAUUCCGCGACUGUCUGACGUCACUCGCCAAAGGUCUCGAGUCCAAGAAUACCUCACGCAACAUCCUCGUACCACUUACAAGUAGCCUAUACGUACCUGGGAAACUGAAGGGGACAGAGACGGUCAUUGUGGACGUGGGGACAGGUUUUUUUGUUGAAAAGAAGGUGGACGAGGCGAAAGUGUUCUACGAGGGCAAGAUCAAGGAGCUGCAGACAAACUUGAGCGAGUUGGAUAAGAUAUUGGCGAAUAAGGCAGAAACAGCCAGAGCUGUUGAAGGAGUGCUGCGACAGAAAAUCAUGGAAAGUCAGAAGCAAGGCGGUGGAGCCGCGGCAACAAGCGCCUCCUCGUGAAAACCUUCACUACACCAUCGCACUAAGGAUUAAACAAGUAGUUGGAGAGAAGCGAGCCUAGGAAGGUCGCAGGCGAGAAGAGUUGAAGAAGACUUAGAUAACCUCGACCGACUCCGGCUAUAAAGGGUGGUUAAGGUCCAUCAAUCACGCACGGAUGCCCGUCGACUCUCGAGUGGGCACGAACAUGUCGUCGUGGGCAGCUUCCUGCAUUUUUGUGCAAUACAUGCAAGAAGUAGCAACGCAUAGGGUGCCCUGUGUACAGAUGUGCAAUAGUGUGUAGGACGGAAAUAGUCCAUACAAGAGUGAACUGCAGUGGCACACAUGCGAUCACGGACAGACUGGAGAUUUACGAAGCCAGCAAGUUCAGCGGAGGCAGACACUUCAUCUGACCUUGUACAAUGGCAAGAAGCGCCACAGGGACGAGAGUGGUACGCAGGCAAGUCUUCCGUUGACAAAUUUUCCACUAUCCAAAGUGCCAAUUCCUCAAGCGCCUUCUAAGCUCUAGCUUCAAGUAUGCCUGAAAUGAUAGUGCAUUUUCUGUUCAAGGAACUUGAAUUAUAGAUUUCACAUGCU